AUGAUCGUCAAAUCAGAAUCCCCACCUGCCGAGGACGUCAAGUCGUUCCACCUUUCCUUCUUGGACCAGAACGCAGUUCGAGUGUACACCCAAACCUUGUGCAUAUUUCCAUUCCCCGAUCAGAACCAUGCCGAGACCGCCAUUCGAGCUCUCGACGAUGGGCUACGCCUGACCCUCCAGAAGUUCCCGUUCCUCGCUGGCAUCCUCAGUCUCGCUGGUGAUGGCUCAGGAAGAUUGCAGCUCCAGUAUCCUGUUGACGUCACGGAUCGUGGCAUGACGAAGGGCCUGUUCGCGGCUAAGCAAAUCCUCUCAGACGACUUCCCUCACCCUUACGAGACACUCAAAAAGGCCGGCAUGCCACCGAGCGCGUUCAAGAGUGCCACGUUUCUGCCAGACGACUUCGCAAACUGGGAAGGGGUUCCCGCUACUGGCGAAGGUCUUUGCGACUUUGAGAUCAGCGACGUCCCUGUCAUGAGGAUUCAGGCAUGCUUCAUUCCAGGCGGGCUCGUCUUGAGCGUUUACGUCCACCACAGUGUGCUGGACUUUCAUGGUAUCUCGACCUUUUGGGAAUGUUUCGCCGCAAACGUCUCUCAUGUCGCACGCACGCGUGGUUCCAGAGAUAUGGAUCUAGUACCUCUAAGUAUAGCCGACUAUCAGUCGUCGCUACGCGCGAAGCUCGAUAAACGCGUGUCUUGCAACAGAGCACAACGUCUAACAGCAGACUGCUACUGCGACGGUACUUUACAGUACAAGAAGACAUUACCAGACAGUACACGGUGCACGCAACGACUCUUUGUCCUGCCCGCAGCUCGCAUUCGAGGGUACCGUGAACAACUGCGCCCGCACUUCCCGGAGUCAUCGCCUCCUACGCUGUGCAAUGUCCUAGCUGCUCUGGUUUGGACGCACGUUACACGCGCAAGAGCAGCACGCUUGGUGGAGCACGGAUAUGCAGAAACUAAUAUUGGCAUCGCCACCGACCUUCGCAUGCGAUGGCAGCCUCCGGUUGGUGCAGACUUUACAGGUAACUGCGCCUUGUUCUCCAAAAGCACAGCCGAGAUCUCAGAUCUGACAGCGGAAGAAUGUGUAACCAACACGACCAUUCUUCACGUCAUCCGGAAGAUCAAAAACACCAUAAUGAGUGUCAACAACGACUGGAUCGACCGGCAUUUUGCCUUCUUCAAGGGCCUUGAAGAGAUCAAGGACACAGAAUGUGCUCUGGCUCUAAAGUUUGGGUCUGACUGCUACAUUACCUCGUGGCUCAAUUUCGGUGCCGACUACCGCUGGGGCAUUCCCGGCACAGACUUGGCCGAAGACUCCCUCGGAGGCCGACCUGAGUUCAUUAGGCGAGCAUAUGGUCCUGGCGAUGGCGGCAUGAUCUUCCUUCCGAGGAGGAGACAUGUUGCCAACGAUGCCGAAGCGCCCUUUGAGAUCCUGGUCCGCCUUACCGAAGAGGAUAUGGACCGCGUUUUGGAGGAAGAUGGUGGCUUAUGCAGCUGGUCUGAAGCUGUCGUUUUAUAG